CACGCCGAAAGUGGAGUUGGUGGACAAUCGGGAGGUCAAGAUUUGGAGGACAGAGUCCGUAGUGGACGAAGUGGUGACGGGGAGACAUCUGGAGAUGAUGAGAGCGAUGGGGAGUCGGAAAGUGAUAGCGAAGGCGACGACGGUGAGGAUACCGGUAACUCUUCCUCCCCUGCAGGGGCACCCAUUCGUUCACCUGAGCGAGGGCAUACGACGAACUCACAGCCAGUUCGAACAUCUGAUUCCAGCCUGACGAAAGGGGAAGUCGAGGAGCUGCUACUCGACCAAAGAAUCCUCUUCGAGAUGCGACUCCGGACUGUGAAGCUUGAAAUUGAACAGCACGUGACAUUUGAAUGUACAAAACUCCGUGAGUUCAUUACUGGCCAGGUGGCCCCACAUCCCCCUACCACUGCUCCGCGCUCAACGGGCGCCAUUUUCGAGCCCGGUCCGUCAAGUUGUUCCCCACAAGACGUACAUGGACGAGGCACAGACCCAUUGCCCACGCCAAUUGAAUUGGGAGUUGACACAGGACGUUCACAGCCUCCAGUCGGAGCAUACAGUCCUCCAUGCAGGGACGAGGGGGAGCUGCUUGUCGAAACUGAAGACUUGCCAGAGGGAGCUGACAUUGCACCAUGCCCGGAUGCCGAGCACGAGUCGUUGCCCACUCCAAUGUACGACCAGGAAGGUAGUGCGUCCAUUACAAGCACUUUUCGCAAUUUCAUGUCAUUGCAUUUGGUUCCUAAUGUUUCGUCGAAUGCUAUGCAUUUACGUAUUUUCUGUUAAUAAGACGGAGCUGCCACAGAGCCCUCAGAUGCGGCCGCGGUCAGCGAUGCAGAGAUUGACGGUUGCAAGGUCACAGAUGGCGAAGGUAAGUUCAUUGCAUGCGUUACUACUGUGUAUAAUACGUAUGGUUAGUGAAUGUCAUUGACGGUAACUCACUGGGCCCCUUCCAUUGUUAUGUAGGUGUUGUCGCUACCGUACCUGUUCCCGCCGCUGACGUACCUAUUCUCGCGCCUGUACCAGAAUGAAGAGGUCGA